AUAUAGUGAAUGCAGGCUCCUGGGAGACCAGAUAUAGUGAAUGCAGAGUCCGGGGAGAGCAGAUAUAGUGAAUGCAGGCUCCUGGGAGACCAGAUAUAGUGAAUGCAGGGUCCGGGGAGACCAGAUAUAGUGAAUGCAGGGGUCCGGGGAGACCGGAUAUAGUGAAUGCAGGGUCCGGGGAGACCGGAUAUAGUGAAUGCAGGGUCCGGGAAACCAGAUAUAGUGAAUGCAGGGUCCGGGGAGACCAGAUAUAGUGAAUGCAGGGUCCGGGGAGACCGGAUAUAGUGAAUGCAGGGGGUCCGGGGAGACCGGAUAUAGUGAAUGCAGGGUCCGGG